AUGGGUAGAAGCGAUGUCGCUGAGGGAUUGUUAAAACGAGUUAUUGAGACAGCGCCAAGGGUUUUGGGACGCGGCCACGGGCUGAAUUUGGCAAGUAAAUUUGUUCUUGUUCGCGUUCUCUGGGAAGGAAGGAAAUUUGGUGAUGCCGAAACCCUUUCCCGGAACAACGUCCAAAACAGUCAAAGAAUGUUUGGAAAUAACCACCCUACCACAAUCACCUGCAUGUCAAAUUUAGCCGAUUUACUCGAACGACUCAAAAGACACUCCGAAGCCCCCCCAUAUAUUGGAAAGGUCUAUACAUUUCGUCUAGAAACAUGGGGACCUGAGAGACCCGAUACAUUAGAGGCCAAACGUGAUUACUACAGAGUACGCGGGAUUGUGGGCCAACAAUUACAGAGCGAGCAGACAAGAGCUAAGAUGAUCUCCUUAUCCGGAAACCAAAACACAGAUCUCAAAAGUGAUGCACGAUCUGAAGCAUCUGAACUCGAUGAAUUCAUCUUCUCCAUCUACGAACAAAAUCUACUCGGGUCUUCGGAGGAUGCAGAGCAGGCUCGAAUCUCUAUUCCUCCCGGAGGACAACAUACUAGUUGUUAG